AUGGUCAAGAAAGACGACGACGUGCCUUCGCCCUUCCCCAUUAAAGGUUACGAGAAGCACACAGUUGGUGCUCAGGAAAGCGAGUGCCACUUGACGAUACCAAUCCAAACGGAGUGGAUACAGAAUGUCCAAGUAAAGAAAGAGCCCAUUGAAGAUGUUCCAUUUUCACACCAAGAGGAAGGGUGCAGUGUCGAAGUUGAACAGCCACUCUUGAAAUGCCAAAGCGAAGCUGAAUGGAAUCAUGGCAUUCCUGAUAUAGCUGAGCAACCUCGGGAAGACUUGAGGACUACACCAUCUACAGUAAAGCUGGAAGAAGGGAUGCAACAGUCUGACAAAUGCAGAGUGGACGACGAAGAGCAAACUUCGGAUGUAGAAGGCAGCAAGUUCUUCAAGCUUGCCCGCUGUAGUGAUCUUGACCAUGGUGUGUCACUGCAGGCUCGAGGCUCCGAGCCCAUUGAAAGCACUGCAAGUCCGUCAAAGCUGGGGCGUCGCCGCAGAACCACGCGACAGGCUGUUGGCGGUACAUCAUCAACCGCCAGGGUGCCACAGCAUCUGCCACAAUCUUCUCGCUCUCGCUCGAGAGAUGGCGACGAUGUGGCUGCCCAAGAGUCUCCGGAGGUGCGUCACCGCUGUCCGCACUGCAAUAUCGCAUGCCCCGAUAAGAGCAGCCUGGCCAUUCACAUGCACUGCCAUGAAGGUGUCGGUGACAAGCCUCACUGCUGUCACCUGUGUCCUGCCACAUAUGCGGAUAAGCAUCAUCUGAAGUCCCACCUGCAGCGGCACUGGGGGAUAAAAUCGUGGAAGUGCAGUGACUGCUCCUACGAAAGUUUCACCAAGCAGGUUCUGGAGAUUCACAUUCGUCACCGGCACAGUGGCGAGCGACCAUUCAAGUGUGACCUCUGUGACAUGGCAUUUGCCUCUCAAUCCAGUUUUAUGGUAAGCACUUUCUUUACCGUCACUUCAGAUGGAUAUUGA